GGCAUGGAGGAAGGUGUCAAAUGUGCUAUUUGGGGUCACUUUUGUUGCGGUGGUCAUUUUCUCCGCGGUGAUGACGGCCAUUGCGGCGCCAACAAUGGUGACGGCGUUGGCCGGCGCGGCAUCGGUGCCAUUAGGGUCAACGGGUAAAUUGUUGGAUUGGUUUUGGAAAAAUUGGGUGAAUGUAAUCGACCAGCAAAGUGGAAUAACCCGUUCUAUGCAUGUUAAGACUAGAUGGCAUGCGAUUAAGGAGUUGGAAAACAUUGGGCUGCUUGUGGAUAAGUUGGAACAGGAGAUGAAGUUGCCGUCGGCUGAGAUUGAUCUUGGUUUGGAAAAAGAUGAGGCUGUGAUGGUGGUGGUGAAUGAGUUAAGGAACAAGAUAAAUGUGAUUAUGCCAGAGCUUGAUGCUUUGAUGGAGCGCACUGCUCAGUAUAGACAAGAAAUUAGAAAAGAUAUGGAGACUAUCUACGAUAAAAUUUGCCAGAAUCCUAAGAGUAGCAGCUGUUUUAGCAAUUUAAAUUGCUUUACUUAGUGGUCUUGCUCUAAUUCACUUUUAGUAGCAGCCGAUGUCUCUAAAGAAGGUGGUUUGCCUCAUUUUUAC